UAAAAUUGCUGGGAAACGCAUAAGCGAUGUUACGUGAGUUGUUAGUGCUAUUCGCGUGUGCCGUGUUUUCGGCCGCGGCGAAGUCGCCCCACGCCGAGCAUGUGGAACAAAUGAUAAGGAGUGGAGCUUUCAAAGUUGACCCUCGAUUUGUAGAUAACGUACUAGAGGAUGCUUCGUUGGAUGUUCCUGAUCUCGUCAGGAAGUACAACUACCCCCUCGAAGUGCAUCAUGUCACGACUCCAGAUGGCUAUAUCCUUGAAAUGCAUCGCAUUCCCCACGGUCGCGACAACCAUAAUAGCCCAUCACCAGAUAAGCCCGUAGUAUUUCUUCAGCAUGGAUUACUUUCUUCUUCAGCUGAUUGGGUUCUUAUGGGACCUGGAACGGCAUUUGCCUACUUCCUCGUUGAAGAAGGUUUCGAUGUAUGGAUGGGUAACGCACGAGGCAACUACUACUCACGUAGACAUAUUAGAUUGAACCCUGAUGCUAUCUUAAACACCGAUUUCUGGAGAUUUUCCUGGGAUGAAAUAGGCAAUAUCGAUAUGCCUACUAUGAUUGACUAUGUUCUCGAAAAGACCAACAGACAAAGAUUGCAUUAUGUUGGUCACUCUCAAGGAACCACUGUUUUUUGGGUCAUGACGUCUCUUCGUCCGGAAUAUAAUCAAAAGAUUAUUUCUAUGCAUGCUUUGGCUCCCGUUGCGUACAUGGCGAAUAACAGAAGCCUUCUUUUGAGAGCUAUAGCAUCUUUCGGAAAUGAUAUUGAGAGAAUAGCAAGAUUAAUUGGUGUGGGUGAAUUUUUGCCUAAUAAUUUAAUUAUGACAUGGGCUGGCCAGGCGCUCUGCAUGGACGAAGUAAUUUUCCAGCCUAUCUGUAGCAGCAUCAUGUUCUUGGUCGGUGGGUGGAAUGAGGAGCAACACAAUGCGACUAUGUUGCCAGUGAAAUUAGGACACACUCCAGCCGGUUCAUCCGUCAGGCAGUUCGUACAUUACGGCCAGGGCAUCAAUGACCGUCGUUUCCGCCGCUAUGACCAUGGAUGGAUUUCAAACAGGCGUAUAUAUGGCUCACGAAACCCCCCGGACUAUAAUCUUGGCAGGAUUACUGCACCUGUAUUCUUGCACUACUCUGAAAGUGACCCACUUGCUCAUGUUAACGAUGUCUUCAGGUUAUUCCAAGAACUUGGUAGACCUGUUGGUUUGUUCCGCGUACCGCUCGCCAGUUUCAGUCAUCUAGACUUCGUAUGGGGUAUUGAUGCGAAAACCUUAAUAUAUAAUAGAGUCAUCAACCUUAUAAAGUCGACAGAUGCCAAUGGAUAAUAUAAGCUAUAAUUAAAGUUAUCAUUAUUUUUCUGAACUGGUAUCUUGAUUACUG